AUGCGUGCAUCGUUGAUUUCAUUGCCUCUGGCGGCCGGCUUUCUGGUGUGGUGUUCCAGGGCAGCGCAAGUGGACCACCUUGCCACUGCCGCCACCAUGAAGAAUGUGGGGCAAAUGUUUGUUCAGCUGCGGGCCGAGGAUCAAGACUCUUCAGGGCCCGGCAGCCAUGGCAUGAAGGAUCACCCGGACCUGGCCCACUCGCCGCGACUCCCGCUGGAUGCCAAUUCCCGCCUCACUGCUUGGGCGCCUGAUCGCUCCUCUUUUCGCCUCCGCAUCGAUGCGGAGCAAGUCGCGGGCGACGCGCCCGUCAUUCGUACCAUCACCGCCCAGUAUGGUCAAAUCCUCUUUCUCCACGUCGUUCGCAGCUUUGACGCCAUCAUCACCAUUGAGGCCCGCCCCGGCGAGAGUAACCUGGUCCUGUUAUACCGAAUCGAUGGCUCCCACUCGGUUCUGCCCGUCCCGGCCGUGGCCAACCACGUCAGCAGUUGUGAGGCGACUGGCCGUGUUGCUGUUGUCAGCGAUGACGGCCUCGUCUUCCUGGAUCUUCCCGAAUCCCAUCUACAGCGCGUCCAGGCCGACCCGCUCUCCGACUGGCCUCUCCCAUGCACCGAGCAUCUCGUCACCAGGUUGGAACAAGACGCACCCCGUGAGACGGCGCUGCGUCAACUUUUGCACAUGGCUUUGGAGCACGGCGAGGCUUUUAAUACCGUUAGCAUUACGGCACGGCAACACCUAUCUGCCACUGAGGCCAUGCAAAGGGUUGCAAAUCAAGGCGCAACGCCUAUCCCGGCCUCUUCUCCCAAGCAUUGCACUCUCGUCAUCCCGUCGCUUCGCCACGCUUGGAUUUUUUCCGCCGAUGCAAAUGGUUGCCAACUCCUGGCCAAGUCAACCUAUCCCCUGCCCGACCCUGCCGUUGCCAUCUGGUGCAGUGGACCUCGUGUGCGUAUUCCCCGCACUUGUGCCAUGUUUGGCAAAAUGAUUUUUGUCAUCUGUCAUGGUAAUAAUACCGUCUUGUAUACCUACAGCAAUCAACGACAAGCCCCUGAUAUUCUGACACCCGAAGCACCUUUGGCCUUGCAUCUUGAUGGCACUGAAUUGCAUCCCGACCAGUUGGCCGAGUCAAUCUGGUUGGGGAGCGACAGCCUCGCCCUACAACCCCUUCGUAUGACCGCCACGGCCGAGCGUCUUACCAUAUCGGCCUUUACAGAGAGCGGGGAAUGCCGCUUGAGCACUUUUAUCAUCACUCCGGUCUUGACCCUGAUCCAGGAGUUGCACGACUUUGCCCAGCAGCUUCCCCGUGCCCAUCCCAACGUUCUCCAGUGGCAAACCAACUGUCGAUUGCUGUUCCAAUAUCUCGACGAUGCCAGCAGUGGCUCGGUGAUGCGCCGUGCCGCGCUCUUGACCAUGCAAUCCAACGUGCAACUGUCAGAGUUGCAAGCGCUGGUCCCUGGCGACAAGUUCAAUGGGGACUCACAUCAGGCAGCCCUUGGUCAUUUGCUCUCGGCUUUGACUGCGCUGCAAACGACCCACAUAUCGAGUGCCACGCUCGAUGCGCUCAAGGCGCUCGUUCAACACCUUGAUGUCGGCAAUAUGACCGUGAUACAUCGCCUCACCUCUGUAUCGCAGUUUCCAUUGAGGCGCUUUUGGAGGCAUUUGCGAUUGCGGUACCUACCGCGUGGCAAGAACUGA